ACCAAUCAAACUUAGCUCCUUCAUUUUUGGGAGGAACUAGACUUCUGUUUCUACCAGACCAAACUCCCUGUUUUUCUCAAGCCCACUAGUUUGCAUAUAAAAGGCCUCCACUUCUCCAUUCAUCAGUGUGUAGCUACAACCAAACCAAAGAUGAGAUUCCAAGUUACUUUGCUCUUAUUGUUUUACCUUCUAUUUGAUGCUGUGAAAGCAUCGAAUUUCAAACUUUCAAGGCCACAAGACGCAGCACCAGGUGCAGGUCCUCAAUUUCCCUGGCCACCAGGGGCAGCACCUAAUAACGCAUGGUCACCUGGUGGAAGUCCUAAAUUUCCAUGGCCACCAGGCACAGCACCCAAGAACCCGUGGGCGCCAGGGGCAGCACCCAAGCCGUGGCCGCCAGGGGUGAACCCCAAGAACCCGUGGCCGCCAGGGGCAGCCCCCAUGAAUCCGUGGGCACCAGGGGCAUCUCCCAAGAACCCGUGGCCGCCAGGGGCAAACCCCAAGAACCCGUGGCCGCCAGGGGCAGCCCCCAUGAACCCGUGGCCGCCAGGGGCAAACCCCAAGAACCCGUGGGCGCCAGGGGCAGCCCCCAAGAACCCAUGGCCGCCAGGGGCAAACCCCAAGAACCCGUGGGCGCCAGGAGCAGCCCCCAUGAACCCGUGGCCGCCAGGGACAAACCCCAAGAACCCGUGGGCGCCAGGGGCAUCCCCCAAGAACCCGUGGCCGCCAAGGGCAUCACCCAAGAACCCGUGGGCGCCAGGGACAGCUCCCAAGAACCCCUGGGCUCCAGGGACAGCUCCCAAGAACCCCUGGGCUCCAGGGACAGCUCCCAAGAACCCCUGGGCGCCAGGCGCAGCUCCUAUGCAUCAUUGGUCACCAGGCUCAAGUCCUCACAAACCAUGGCCUCCAACUGCUACUCCCGGGCCUCAAGGACCCAACACAGACUCACCUUCUGAUGCACCAGGUUCAGAUUCACCUUCCGAUGCACCAGGUUCAGACUCACCUUCCGAUGCACCAGGUUCCUCCCCCGAAUCUGCAGAUGGUCAGGAUUCACCUUCAGAAACUAACAAGUCUUCCGCAGGCACAUUGCCAAGGCUAAGUUUUGUUGUUAUUGCGAUGAUAGUAUCAUGGACUUUCUUCCCAACAUCAAUCAUCUGCUAGAAAAUUCUUCAACCGAAACAAAAUUCAUUCAACGUUUUCUUGUUCAUUCCAUCCAAUAUCUUCCAAUGAUCUUCAGUGAAGCCAAAAAAACAAAUAAACUGAACAGAAAUGUGAAGAGGACAUUUCAAGUACCUGCAUUGUUCUUCUGCAACAGAAGAUGGCACUGUAAGCGGGGAUUGGAAGUUAAGAGAGAGGCCAGAUUCUAUAUAUGUUAAUUUCUUAAAAUUUAUUCAAGAU